AUGGAACACAGGAACGGCAAGAUGGGGGAUGUAAGGACGGCCCUGCGACUCCUGGAGGAGGGGCAUGACCCAAACCAGCGGGACCCGCGGGGGAGGACCCCCCUGCACCUGGCAGCCUGUAGGGGGGCUGAGGAUGUCAUGAGGGUCCUGGUAGAGUUCGGAGCAGAGUUGUCAGCUGUGGAUCAGCAGGGGAACACGGCCAUGCACAUGUGUGGUCACGUGGACACUACACAGUUCCUCAUAGACUGUGGGCUGCAGAGUGACAUCUGUAACAGCCAUGGACUGACCCCCUACAUGCUGGCAGUGCGGAGGGGAGUAAAGAAGCAGGUGCUUCAGCUGCUGGAGAAACAGCUGAACCAGGACAGCAGGCAGCUGUACAUGCAGCCGCAGGAGGAGAAGCUGCUGCUGGCUGCGUACUCUCCCGAGCGUAUCGAGACGCUGGAGCACCUGCCUGACCACCCGUCAUCCUCCCCCGGCCUGUGGCGGUCAGUUCUCCACGACUGGGGUCAGUUUGUGGAGGACGUGGGACAGAAGCGGCUCAUCUGCCUGCUGGUCAUCAUGGCCUGUCUCUCGCUGUUUGUCGCCUACAAGGUCACCGGGAUCGUCCCACUCAUGGACACCAGGGAGGAGAGAAUAGAGGGGCCGUGAGGGGGGAGGGUGGGUGUAGCCUGGAGUCCAGGCUUCUUGGAGGGGUCAUGAAGGUUUAGGGUACAUAUACAUAUAUGUAGAGUUGAGACCAGGCUUAUUAGAGAGGCCGUGUAGCAAGUGUGUGUAUGUGUGUAGCAUGGAGUCCAGGCUUGUUAGAGGGGCUAUAAAGCGAGGUGUGUCUAGCCCUGAAUCCAAACUUGUUAGCUUUAGGAGGGUACCAAUUGUUUGAAGCAUACUAAAGCCAACAAGGCUGGACUCCAGGGCUAGUAAAUUUGUUGAAGUAUGGAUCAUAAGUGACCAAAUCAAUAUGGUAAUUUUAAUCAUGAUCCCAUGCCUAAUACACAUUAUCACCAUUAAUUGUGUAUAAAUUUUGAUUGCCAUCCACGUACGAAGAUAACAUGCACAGGCAAAUUAAUUUUUACUGUAACGUUACAUUCAGUGCUUUCUUUCGUGAUAUGACAAUGGGCAAAAAUCUACAUGAACCAAUAUGGGACCCUAACAUAUCAAAAAGGUUGUCAAGAGUACAAAAAUUACCUGAUGUGUAUCAUUAGACAUUUCAUUUAAAAUCUGAAGGCUGUCUUUGACUCUUAUGAUAAGAAGACUUUAGUAUUCAUAUACAUUUCCAGUUUGAUUCUUGUGUACUGUCUAUUGUGAAUGUAAAUAUAUGUAAAUGUGACAGAUUUAUCAUGUAAAGUGACUUCUACUCAUGGCUGAAGUUCGACAGUAUUUUGCUAGCCUCCUUCGCAGUCUUGUUGGGCGUCGGCGUUAUUUUUUCUCUGAGAGAUGUGAACCUCUGAGAUUUCUCUGAGAGAAAAAAGCGUCGCUCAGAGAAAAAUAACGCUGACGCCCAACAAGACUGCGAAGGAGGCUAGCGAAAGUGUGACAGAGGCUUUAGAUUGGUGUGUACUUUUCCAUCUAACAAUGACAGAGUUUUGUAAAUUAAGCAUAUACUGGUAGUAGUAAUAAAGCUGAACUGGGCUUAGCAAAGUAUUGCCAACGUGAAAUUCGGUACAAAUGUGGUGAUAGCACAUUUGCGAAGGCAAGCACAUUUGUACAGCUUAAGGAAAGCGAUAUGUAAAAAGCAAGUGCUUAGUUGAGAAAAAAAUAAAGAAUUAAAGUCAUUCCUCAAUACUUGCUCUGCACAUAAGGCCAAUGUUUCCCUUGUAUUUGUAAAGAAAUCUGUAAUGAUACUAACUGCAAGAUGGAAUUUGACAAUAAAACAGUACUCCAA